AUGCCUGGCAACAAUGAGACUGCUGAGGAUAUCAAAGCAAAGAAGAACAUCUGCCAGCCCCCAAAGCAGAGCCACUUCCGGCAGGUGAAUCGGCGAGCUGGAAAGUUUGCUUACUCCACAGACAACACCUAUGAACAGGAGAUAUACUUUGAUCAAGUCCAGAUCAUACACCAGAUUGGUGGAAAGACAGACCACAUUUUCCUGGAAAACCUCAAUUGCUACAAGAAGCAGCUGUCUAAAGUCUUCCCCGAAACCCCAGAAAGGUGGACUUCCCAGCCAGUUCCUGAAGCACCCUGCAGGCCUGUAAAAGGAGCUCCGCGCUGGACAGCUUUGCCCACUCCAGUCAGAAAUCUGCUGCCCCAGGUGGGUGAGGAGGAUGUUGCCAUUAAGACCAGGAGACAGAAGCAGCAGAAGGAAUCACUGAAGGAGGAUGUGACUUGGGAACUGGUGGUCCUGCAGAGGAUGCUGCAGGAAUGGAAGACUGCCUGGGCUCUGACCGUUGAGUGGCACCACAAGACAACAGAGGGCCUGCUGCAGGGCUUGGUAGACGUGCAUGACGACAUUCGGAUCCAAGCCAUCAUUACAUGUGCCACAGCUGCUGUAGAAUGGCCCCGGAUUGCCACCAGCCAGGGGGACUCAGACAAGGAGACUGGGAAAGCCCCAUCUGUCCAGGACUUGCCAGAGGUUCUACAGCCCGCCCUGGAGGCUGCUCUUUGUGACAAAAAUGCCAAUGUGCGGAUGGCAGCAGCACUAUGCCAGUAUGCCAUACAGUCGCAUAAUCCCCUUGCCCAGGACAUCAUGCACAGUGUCCUUUUGAAGGGUAAUAGCGUGGACAGCUGGGCUGCGGCUCAGUGCUUGGCUCUGGAAGGUGCUGCCACAUACCCCGUGAUUAAAAGGAUCCUCCAGCAGCUGUUCAGUAAAAAGAAUGACGACACUGAGUACCAGUCUUGUAUGCUCCUGAGCCAUCUCAGUGAGAAGACAACCCUGAUACACACCAUGCUUGCUGUGGAGCUGAACAGCUACCAGUGGAAGGACCGGAUCAUAGCCUGCCGGGUUCUCUCACAGGUCGGCGGGAAUGUCAGUUUGGAUAUGAAACAUAAAUUGAUCCAGAUGAUGCUGAGUGACUGGAAUAAGGAAGUAAGACAUGCAGCUGCCCAAGCUCUGGGGCGAAUGAGCUUUGGGAAAGAGGUGUACAAUACCAUCAGAGUCAAGUUGAGUCAAGGAAAUUUCCAGGAGCGUGUGGAAGCUCUCUCCCUGAUUGGUGGGCUCAAGGUCAUGACUGCCAGGCUUCUCCCAAGCUUCCUGAGCUGCUUCUCUGAUGACUUCAUGGCAGUUCGGCGGGCAGCCUGUUUGGCAGCAGGUGCCCUGCAGAUCCGCGAUAAGAUGGAUACAGCCAACUCCAUCUUAAGUGACAGUGGAAUAUGCUGUCCUCUAAUCUCUGCAGCUUUGGGUCAGAUUGGCCAAGUGAGUCCCCAGCUGACAGACCUCCUGCUCUGGGCCAUCCAUUAUGAAGAGUCACCAGGUGUACGACUAGAAGCUUGCCGUAGCAUCCUAGCCCUCAAUCUUCAAGGGGACCGGGUCAGAGACACCUUCCUAGAUGCGCUGCUCCUAGAGAACCAUGAGGCUGUUCUAAAGGAAAUUCACCAGGCAAUGAAGAUACUCAACUUAGAAAAUGAAGGAAACCAAGAAAUACUUCAGAAGAUCAAGAACAGGCCUAAUACAGUUUUUUUCAACAUCAUUUCUUCUGAUCUAGAUUCAAACACUAAGCCAAAAAGACUUGCUGACACAGAAAAUAUUCAAGAUGGAGAGGGUCAUAGGAAAAGUGAACGAAGAAACAAAACGUGUUUACUUGCAACCCAAGGAGGGGCAAAAACCACUGAAACUCCAUACUUUUCUACAAGAAACUUUUCAGGGUAG